CGGUCGGUGACGCCAUUAUUUUGUCGUGUUUUGUUUUCUAAAAGUUUGAUUUCUAAUCAACGCCUCCUUUUCGGUAACUUGUUUCCGCUCGGGAUUUUAAGUUAAGUGUCGCCGCAAAUAAUUUCAAACCUUUUUCCGUGCAAUAGAGGUCUCAGUUAGCGAAAAAAUGUUUUAGAAGUGCAAUGACUUGUACUGCUCUUUUGAAUGGCUUAGUGACAGGCCGAUUUAAAUGCUUCUCAUCAGUGUUAGAAAUAUCAAUGGUUUUUAGUUAAAGUAUCUAAUCACAAUGCAAGAAGCUGAUUCAACUGUGCCAAAAACCCCUGAUUAUCACACUUUAAUAAAAAAUCCAAUGGACCUGGGGACCAUUAAAAAACGCCUAGAAAAUAAUUAUUAUUGGAGUGGACGGGAAUGCAUACAAGAUUUCAACACCAUGUUCACUAAUUGUUAUGUAUACAAUAAGCCUGGAGAGUAUGUUGUCGUCAUGGCUCAAGCUCUCGAAAAAUUGUUCCUUACCAAGGUUUCUUCAAUGCCAAAAGAAGAAGUAGAAAUGGAGCUCCCUACUCCAAAAUCUAAAGGUGCUGCAAAACAGGGUGUGAAAAAACCUCCUGCCAGUACAAAGCCUAAAUCUCAGUCGCAGGCCCCGUCAAGUUCGCAGGGAGACAGCGACUAUUUAGAACCAAUGACAGCGGUCCAAGUGAAAGGAGCACCUACCCCCAGCAACAAAUAUGCUGGUGUGAAACGAAAAAGUGAUACCCCUGUUGAUCCCCUGUCUAUGUCCUCCUCAACGGGCAAACAGGCUAAAAUUACGACCCGGCGAGACACUGGGCGACCCUCACCCACAAAGAAAGUGGAAAUGGAGCAAUCAAUAGAUGAACUAUCCUUUAGUCAGUCGCCUGCAUUGCCCAGUGGAAUAUCUCAGAGUCAGAGUGAAAAGAAUAAACCUCUAUCUGAGCCUCUGAAGCAUUGCAACGAAAUACUGAAGGAACUCUUCUCCAAAAAACACCUUAAAUACGCAUGGCCUUUCUAUAAACCGGUUGAUGCCGAAUGGCUUGGUUUGUACGACUACCAUGAAAUAAUCAAGAAACCAAUGGAUCUUGGUACAGUGAAAAGCAAGAUGGACAAUCGUGAAUACCGUACAGCGCAAGAAUUUGCUGCUGAUGUUCGACUCAUUUUCACCAACUGUUACAAAUAUAAUCCCCCAGAGCAUGAUGUUGUAAUGAUGGCGCGGAAACUUCAAGAUGUAUUUGAAAUGAGGUAUGCCAAAGUUCCUGACGAUGCAUCUCCAGUAGUAGAAAAAGUUCCUACAAUGAAUCAUACAAGGGCUACGCAUCUGAAUCGGCCGAGGUAUAAUGAUAACACUGAUGAUGAUGAUGAUGAUGGCGAUUCCUCCUCCGAAUCAGACUCAGAAGCUGAAGCAAAACGAGCCAAACAACUCCUUGUUCUUCAGGAGCAGUUAAAAGCAAUGCAAGAGCAAAUGAAAAAGUUAGUGGAAGAAUGUAGUAGAAAAGCAAAAAAGAAAGAAAAGAAAGAAGUUGAACUUGCCAGUAGUACCGAUGUCAAACGACCGAAAGGACGUCCUCUUAAUAGCACCAAAGCCAGUUACGUUAGUAACUCAGUUAGCUCAGUUAUAAACGCCGUUGCAAACGGAAAAAGUGGUCUAUCGCCACCCUCUAUGACAAAUAAGACCGGCAAAGGACGUGGGGCUGCUGCAGCUAAAGCUCCUGCAAACGCUCCGAAGAAAAAACCUAAUGCAAAGGUGAACAACGCACGGAAGAAAAAUGCUGGCGGAAUCCCUGCCUAUGACUCAGAUGAGGAAGAUAAUGCCAAGCCGAUGACUUACGAUGAAAAGAGAAAGCUUAGCUUGGAUAUCAACAAAUUACCAAGUGAUAAACUUGGUCGAGUAGUGCAAAUAAUCCAGUCCAGAGAGCCCUCUCUACGGGAUUCAAAUCCAGACGAGAUAGAAAUAGACUUUGAAACCCUGAAACCGUCCACAUUGCGCGCCCUAGAAAAUGCUGUAGCCUUUUGUUUAAGGAAAAAACCACAUAAAAAAUUAUCUGGGAAAUCAAAAGAAAUUUUGGAGAAAUUAGAUAAGAAACCACAAGACUCAGGUCCAAAGAAAACUGCCAAGAAAGAUUCAAAAACUAACGGAGCAGGAAACCCAAGAAUAUCAGCCUCUAGUUCUAGCUCUUCGGACUCGGACUCAAGUAGUUCCAGCUUUUCAUCCAGUAGCUCUGACUCAGGUGACCUUGAGUAUGAAUCCAAAUCAGGUGAAAACGGAGCAUCCCGAGUCAAAGAAGAAAUUUAGGAAUAACUCUCGUUAAAAAAAUAUACUUUUGAUGCAGAGUCGUUUGAUGCAUUGACUCUUCGCUUUUGAUCGAGUGCCCGUUACUGCCUCUCAUGAUCUCCAACAAAUUUUCCUCUCAGAUCCUUUCGUUGUACAGUAUUAUGUUUUCCAACAUGUUUAAUAUAAAUAAACGUACUUUAUCAUCGUACGCUACAUGUAUAUACUAUUCGUGUAUGUGAUUUGUAAUUUAAAAAUUCAAGUUUUUUCUUCUUCUUUUAAUCUGUUUCAGUUUAUUUCUGUUUUUGUACUGAUUUAUUUUAUUUCUUCUUUUUUUGUUUCGCAUUGACAAAUUUUUAUUUAAUAUUCUAUUUGUUUUUUAUAUUUUUUAUUCACAAGCGUACUCAUUUAAAUUUAGUGUUAUAAAUGAAGUCGUGAUACGGUUUUAUUCUGAUUUACCCCUUAUAAUUUUUUCAAAAUUGAAUUUCUGUCCCUUUUAUUGUAAAGUCUUCAAAUGUAAUUUUGAAAAUAAUUCUUCCUAUUUAUGUUUGUAUAGUUGUAAAUCUGAUCAUUUCAUCUUCAUACAAUUCCUUAUUAGUACUGGUUUGUAUUUAACUUGAAGUUAAUGCUUACUCUUCACAAUCAAAUUGUUUUACUUUGUUAUUGCACAUGCUUGUGCCUCAGAAAGGUUUGUCAGCCAGAGAAGAGAGUAGAAAAUAGUCAUUAAAAUAGGUUUCUAUUUUUGCCGCAAAUUAAGGGAACUCAGUGUUGAAAAUUUUCUACUCUAUAGUUCCCUCUCAAAAGGCGGGUGCAAAUAGCUACUUCUUUCACUAUCGUGCCCAAUUCAACUGAAGUUUCAUGUAAUUAGAUACUUAUAAAGAUGAAGUUCUUAGGUUGCUAUGUAUAGUUAAUGUUUAAUUUAUUAUAAUAGUAGAGAAAUAUGUUGUCACCUUCUCUAUCCAGAUUAUAUUGAAAUUAGUAUACUUGCGUUUUUCAUAACAAUACGUCUUAGCCACUUUUUCUCUUAUUUUUUUUAUCAUGAAAAAAUCAAAAACUCUGUAUCAAUUUUAUUUUUUCAGUAUUGGUUUCAGUUCAACAUCUGAAGAUUCUGUUGAACCCCAAAUUCAUAAGCAAGAAACUCUAAGCGAGAGAGUUUUACUGAUUGAGUGACAAUUUAAUAAUACAGAUUUCAAAUUUUUGUUAGGGUUAAUUGAUCAAAGACUUGAUACUGAUAUUGAACCUAAGGACUGAAUGUUUGAAAAGAUUUUUUUUAACCUUCUAUUAGUGAAAUAAUUUUUCUUAAUCCAUAUCAUUUAACUAAGUGAAAAUGGACUGCAAAUAAAAUAAUUUUAAUUUUAUUGUAGCUAGUUUCUGAUCAACGAAUAAACAGUCCAGCUAAUCAAAAUGUGCUGAAAAAAAUGAAACUUUUUCUCACUUUUGUGUAGAGUUUAACUCCACAAGGAAAAAAAGAGGGGUAGAAUGUGAAAGGAACAGAAAAAAACAGAAAAUUAUCGCCAAUUUUGAAUUUGCGGUUCAAUAAUUAUGAAACCAUUGAGUCACUUUGUAGCGUCCGCAUGCGUUCAAGGAGGAUUACCCUAACUUAAACAACAUUUUCAAAGCUAACCUCUCAAGAUGGGUAUCUUGAAGAUCUCAAUUUUAAGGAGAUUUAACAGAUAAUUGUCUUCUUUAUUUGUUACUUCAUGGUGAAAGGAACCGUAGUACUUUGAGGCCAAUUUUUCAGGAGUAAUUUCUUCUGUUUUUAAUCAAGAUCAUCCACCCUAACCCUGUUUUGCCAUCUAAAAUCGACUGAAGUAGAUUUGUCGCUCUGUAUUUAGAAUUUAGCCAUUAAUUUGCUGACUUAUUGUAUGGUGCUUUUGCAAUUGAAAAGCAUAUGUAUCGGAAAACCUUGGAUAUUUCCUUGGAAAUUUUAAAACCACCUAUUGCGACACACACACUCAAAAAAAAAAAAAAAAAAAAAAAAAAAAAAAAAAAAAAAAAGUCAGACUGAUUGUACCAAUACAUUAAAUCAAAUGUCUUUGUAUUAGCUCUUAUAAUUUGUGUCAUGUAUUGUCAGAACCUAAAGCCUUUGGAGUAACUGUGACAGUCAGGACUGAAAUGCGGAAGAAGCGAAGGAGGUACAACAGAACCUGAGUAUUUGAUGAACAUUUUUUGUGAAGUAGGAUAAUACAGAAUGAAUCCCAGCUCCUAACAAAGACGCUGUCUCCAUUUAUCUUAGCUUUAUUGGUCUGCUAAGACGCAGUCCUAACUCCAACGACUACCUGCAUUUUUUUUGGUUCUGACAAUAUCAUCACCCUGUCAAUUUUAUCACUGUGAAUAAUUUUUACCCUUAAUAAAUGGAAAUUUUCUAUCAGAAGUGAUAAGCAAUCAGCCUUCCUAGGAACUUUUAAAUAAGUUUGUUUUAGCUGAUUGAGUUCCGAGCGUCCUGAUAAGAUCUUGAAUGAUACAGAUGAAUCUUUCUGUGUCAUGCAAGUUCAUCUGGACGCGACCUUGAACUUAAGUUAGAUUUUGAAGAUACCAGACUUUAAUGUUGAAUAGUGUCUAAUAUCAAGUAAUAAUUUAAGCAAUUUUCUCUCUGCACUAAAAGAAUGAUAAGAAUCUUUCAACUUAACAUAGUUCAAUACACAACAUUGACACCUUUUUUUAGGGAGAUAUUCUUAUCCCCAGGCGCACUUUCUUUCUUAAAGUAAUUCCAUAAUUUUCAUUUUCUAAUUUAUUUUAAUAUAUUUAAUAAUGAGUAAAAAAUCUAUAGAAUACAACUUGCCAUUUUUUUAUUAGUUAUGCAAGUAUUGCUAGUCACGCAAUCCCUUUUUUUAUUUCUGUCUCGUACAAUUCAAUUGAUCCUCCUGAAAAGAUCCUCCUGGUAAAAAUGCAAUUUACAAGGGAAAAUUCAAAAACUUGAAAGGAAGUUACGUUCUUUCAUGAGAGAAACGACGAAAUUAACAAGACCGAAAAUUCAAGUCAUAAAAUCCUAAUGUGUAGUACAUACUCGGGCAUAUUAGGCUUGACAAAUUAUUUAGACUUAUCUUUCAUGUUGACCAAUUUUUUUAUCGUACCCUGUAACACUUGUUUUUACUAUCAGAAGAUGGUUUUAAUAAUAGGUCUCAUUCAAAGUAGAUCUAACGAUGUGUAAGCUUUUCUACCUUUUUAAUAUCAUUAGGCAUGAUAAACUAGACUUAGAGAAUUUUUGUAAAGAGUACCCUGUUUUAUACUCUUUCCUCUUUCCUGUCACUAUUAUUUACAUAAUCAAGUUAAUGAUAAUACUCCCACCUUACUAGAUCCACCUUGAAUUUCAGUUUUUAAAAGCUCUCAGGUUCUCUUAAUAAGCCUUAUGAAUUGACUAUUUGACAAGAUAAGAAGUCUAACACUCAAGACAUUUUUCCCCAUCAGAAUUCCACCUAGGACUUCAAGAACAUAUAGAAAAUUUCCCCAAGUUUACUCAGAAGUGAGAAAUUCACUUUUUCAGUUCAUGGUCAAAUCAGUCAACUCAAAAUUCCCAUCUAUUUGAAAAACUAGAAUUGGUGUAAGUAAAUUGACUAUCAAUAACAAAUCUUAAGUUAAGUCUCAUUUGCUGGGCUCAUCCUUCAUAUAGUUUCACAGUAUCUACUCGCUGGAGGUACCAUCAAGUAUGACAUGAGGAUUGCCAAAAUAUGAAUCUGAAAAAGAUUUAUAUCAGCAAUUUGCUUUGAGUCUACUGCGUUUUAUGUGGAAUUCUGAUGUCUAACUAGGUGUUCCUGUGAUUUAGUUCAAACAUAGCCUAGUAGUCUUUUCUUCCAUUUCAAAGUUCUCACUCAAAUAUCUCUAAAUUUUUGUCAAUCUUGUCAGAAGUUCAGGUGUCUCAACUCCCAGUAUCUUAUAUUUUGUUUACCUUUUUAGUAUCAUACAUCAAUUCUCAAAUCAUAUAACUUCGUUUUUAGACCAGUUUUUUACUAUUGUUUGAUUUUCUUAUGCUUGAAUUAAAAUGAACAAGAGAUCAUUGAAUAUGAUAGCUGAUCCUAUGGAGCUGAAUUUCAGUGUUUUUUGACAAAAGUGAAGUUCCCCAAAAAUUUCGAGCUGGUCUCGCAUUGCCCUUUGCAUCAAUACAUUCCCCAAGAUAAGUGAGGAAUUAAUCAUUGUAAACGGAAUAUGUAUUUUUAACUUGACUUUCUGUGUUUCAUUUUUUUUUAUAUGCAUAUUCAUUGACAGUACAUGUUCGUGUUCACAUAUUAUGUGACUGUUCAUUGUCGGAUAUAGGCAUGACUGAUAAGAAUCUACCGGGUGCUGGUUUGGGACUGAACAGUAUUUUACUUUAGUCCUAACAUACUGGAUCUCUGCUUACUAAUGGAUGAAUUCCUCCUUAACUUUCUGAGAAUGCACUUAUAACAAACAAUAUUCUGAAAAUUUGGAAGCUACUUUUUAGAUGAAAGUUCAUCCAUAGAAUUUAAAUACUCAGAACUUAGGUACUCCAACAUUUGAAAGUAAAUUGUAAAUCUCACUCUAUUAGCAACACAUCCUUUUUACUGUUUUACAAAAAUCUGCAGCUGUUUAAUUUUCUUUUCUUAAUUUUUAACUAUUUAUGUGUAGCCAUUAGACCUUUCCUCCUCCGGGACCCCUUCUCCCCCUCUCUUCUGCUUCUUUCUCUGAUGUGGUAACCUCAAUAUUUUAACUGAAACUAGAAUUAGUUGAAAAUCUAGAUCAUUCUCUAGAUGCAAAGAUCUAAGCUCUGACUGAAGUUAAUAACUUACAUAAAGUACAAUAAAUAAAAUAAUUUUUAUGAAAUUUGAUUCUACGUAUGUAUCAUAAAAAGUGCUAAAUUAUUGUGCUGCUUUCUUUUAUAUUUUAACUUAUUACUCGCUCAUCUUCUGAAAAUGUAAGGAAGAUUAGUUGUUUUUUUAUGUGUUAAAAGUAUCUGAACUAUGAUGGGUCAUUCCUCUUUCAUUUUUAGGGAUCCCACUUUUUUGAGAUACUGACAAUUGUACUUGUCCGAAUCAUCUUCAAUUUUCGUAUUGCAGUAUUAUUGUUAUGAUUUUAUAAUGUUUAGAAUAAUUAUUAAUUUCAUAUUCGA